UGGGUGGCAAGGAGGGUAGCAUCAUUGCCUCAUAAAAAGCUCCCACCGAUAGCUUUGUCCCUCUUCAGCUCCACCGCACACAGACAAAAGCACAAGACCGCUACGUAUCCCUCUGCGAGGCGACCGGUACAACUCAACGCUGCGGACAUAGCUGCGUUUCGACCAUCCACACUCUUGUCUCCUAGACGAGCGACUAGCACAAUCUCCGAAAAGCAAUCCCAUCGCUUGCUUUCGAGGAAAGAUGAAACUUCUCAAGACUCUGCUCGUGCUUUGCUUGGCACUGGUGUGCCUCUCGACGCGCGUGUCUGCCGCACCCGUAUCCAUCUCUAUCACCGUUCGCAUGAACACGUUGAGCAGGAUGGAGCAGCAGCUUUGUGCUUGCGUCAAGCAGAUGCUGCAGCGUAUUCGCAUGCAAAGGAUCCAAAGAAUGAUCAACGCGAUCGUCAAAGAUGUGCUCAGCGCAGAUCCAUUCGAUCAGCGACGCUCUCAAGCUGCUCCGCUGGGAGUGGGACCAGGCAUGCCCAUAUUCUGGAGACCCAGAAUGAGACUCAUCGCAGCUAUCCCCGUUGUUCGUCAAGGCUCGACGAUGCUAGCUCCAGCGAUGGAUGAAGAAGCUAUCAAGGGCCUCAAUUUGCAAGCUGAUCAGAAAGGCGAACCUGCGCUGCAGGAGGACGCUUCGGACGACGAUGCCGUUAGGUCUCGCAGCACGAGCGUCGCGUAA